AAAAACUUUAGGGCACCUUUCACAAUAUUUUCGCCAACCAAACACAACAAACACAGCGCUCCAAAAUUCUCUUUAACUGAAAAACGAAAAGAGAGAAGAAAAACUUUCUUUCUAUUUUCAACUUUUAUUUAUUUAUUUCUCUAUUUUUGUUAUUUUUUUUUCUGUAGUUGUGGGAAUGAAUGGAAGUGAAGGCGAAGGAAGUGUGAAAAUGGAAGUAGUAGAAAAGGAGAAAAUAGUGUAUAUGUGGGGAUAUUUACCAGGAGCUGUGCCGCAGAGGUCACCUUUGUUGUCUCCAGUUGUUGUUGUUAGGGUUCCACAGUCAGGAAAUUACUCAUGGAAGGAUGUUUGUGGUGGUGGCUGUGGAUUUGCUAUGGCCAUUUCAGAUGCUGGGAAGCUCAUUACAUGGGGUUCAACGGAUGAUUUAGGACAAAGCUAUGUGACAUCAGGGAAACAUGGGGAAAUUCCGGAGCCUUUUCCCCUUCCUGAUGAAGUUUCAAUAGUAAAAGCGGCUGCCUGUUGGGCACAUUGUGUUGCAGUUACAG